GGCCGCGCGCCACCCGCUCUCCGUCCGCCUUUGAAGUUUGCAGUGCAGACCGCAAAGUUGGGACACUUGAGCCGACUGAAUUUUUCUGUUAUCUGUCUCCGCCCCUGCCUCCAGCCCUCUCGGUGCCUGGAUACUGGUGCUCAGCAUCUUGGCCAGAGAGGGGGACGUGGACUCUUUGGCAUCCCACUCCACGGGCAGGGAUUUCUCCGCUUUCCCCCUAGGAAAAACUGAGUUUUCGAGGAUGGUGCUGCUCCACUGCUGUCUGUUGUGGCUGCUCUUACCACUCAGCUCGAGGACUCAGAAGUUACCCACUCGAGAUGAGGAGCUGUUUCAGAUGCAGAUCCGGGACAAGGCAUUCUUUCAUGAUUCAUCAGUAAUUCCAGAUGGGGCUGAAAUCAGCAGUUAUCUCUUUAGAGAUACACCUAAAAGGUAUUUCUUUGUGGUUGAAGAAGACAACACUCCGUUAUCAGUUACGGUGACUCCCUGUGAUGCCCCUUUGGAGUGGAAGCUCAGACUCCAGGAGCUGCCUGAGGAGGCCAGCGGGGAGGGCUCAGGUGACCCGGAACCUCUGGAACAGCAGAAGCAGCAGAUCACGAGUGAGGAAGGCACUGAGCUGUUUUCCUACAAAGGCAAUGAUGUUGAGUAUUUUAUAUCUUCCAGUUCUCCAGCCGGUUUGUAUCAGCUGGAACUUCUUUCAACAGAGAAAGACACCCAUUUCAAAGUCUAUGCUACCACAACUCCAGAGUCUGAUCAGCCAUACCCAGAACUACCCUAUGAUCCCAGGGUAGACGUGACCUCCCUGGGACGCACCACAAUCACUUUGGCCUGGAAGCCAAGUCCCACAGCUUCCCUGCUGAAACAGCCCAUCCAGUACUGUGUGGUCAUCAACAAGGAGCACAAUUUCAAGAGUCUCUGUGCCGUGGAGGAAAAGCUGAGUGAGGAUGACGCUUUCAUGAUUGCACCAAAACCUGGUCUGGACUUCAACCCCUUUGACUUUGCCCACUUUGGAUUUCACUCAGAUCAUUUGGGAAAAGAACGCAGCUUCCUCACCAAAGCUUCCCCCAAGCUGGGGCGUCAUGUCUACUCGAGGCCCAAGCCUGACAUUCAGAAAAUCUGUAUAGGCAACAAGAACAUCUUCACCGUGUCUGAUCUGAAACCCAACACACAGUACUACUUUGACAUUUUUAUGGUCAACAGCAAUAGCAAUACAAGCACAGCUUAUGUAGGUACCUUUGCCAGGACCAAAGAAGAAGCUAAACAGAAGACAGUGGAGCUAAAAGAUGGGAAAGUUACAGAUGUGUUUGUUAAAAGGAAGGGAACAAAGUUUCUGAGGUUUGCACCAGUUUCUUCUCACCAAAAAGUCACCUUCUUCAUUCACUCCUGUCUGGGCGCUAUUCAAAUCCAAGUGAGAAGAGACGGGAAGCUGUUUCUGUCACAGAAUGUGGAAGGCAUUCGGCAGUUUCAGCUGAGAGGAAAACCCAAAGCAAAAUACCUCAUUCGACUGAAAGGAAACAAGAAGGGUGCAUCUGUGUUGAAAAUACUAGCUAGCACAAGGCCUAGCAAGCACGCAUUUCCCUCUCUCCCGGAAGACACAAGAAUCAAAGCUUUUGACAAGCUCCGCACCUGUUCCUCAGCCACGGUGGCUUGGUUAGGCACCCAGGAAAGAAACAAGUUUUGCAUCUACAAAAAAGAGGUGGAUGAUAACUACAAUGAUGACCAGAAGAAAAGAGAGCAAAACCAGUGCCUAGGACCAGACACAAGGAAGAAAUCAGAAAAGGUCCUCUGUAAAUAUUUCCAGGGUCAAAACCUGAAGAAGGCGGUGACCACAGAGACAAUCACUGGGCUCCAGCCUGGCAAGUCUUACCUGCUGGAUGUUUAUGUCAUAGGACAUGGGGGGCACUCAGUGAGGUACCAGAGCAAAGUUGUGAAGACCAGGAAGUUCUGUUAGUUACCCCACAUGGAGGCAUGGGAUGUAGGAUGCCAAGAGGGACGUGACGUCACUUUAAGCAUAAACUGACUACUCCCACAGCUGAGAAAAGGGGUGCCCUUGCCACAGAAGGGAGGCUGUCAGUGUGUGUUUAUUGAUGUUUCUAAGAGUAACUGUUGGAGGGGACUUGUUCUGGUGUGCCUCCAUGGCACCUGGUGUGUGUCUGAUGCUGGCUGAUGUCAAAGAUAGAGGACAUCUCGGAGGACCUGACAUUCCUUGCUUUGACCACUGCAUGAACUGCUUCUAAAUUAUUUUAUUACCUGAAAAUGUAAAAGAUGCCAUACAUUGCACACAUCCACAAAUGCAAAUCAUUCCUCUCUAUAGAUGCUAGGAGAUAUAUAUUAUAUAUAUAUAAAUUAUUUUAUAAAGUCUUGUUUUAAAUGUCAGUGUU